CAUCUUCCUCUCACAAAAUCUUCACCACGAUUAUUCAGAGGCUCUUCCAGGGCGGCAGUGAAAGGUUAGCCAAUCAGCUCGCUCAAUCCACUGCCCCCACCUCUCCACAACCCGUCGCGCUUUUUUUGCAGGGAUUAGCAACUUUUCGCUUUUCCUGAAGCGCAUCGUGAAUUUUUGGAGCGACUCGACUCGACAGCUUCCAAAAAAAAAUAAAAAAUCAACAAAUCAACCACCAGCAACCUCCCUUUGAAUCGCACAAUCUUUUGCUCACCUCCAGCUACCGCUAACUUCUACUACCCAUCCUCUACUUUACUGAACUCAUAAAACAGUCGCAAUGGCGGGGCCCAAAGCGCCCUCUGCUACCUUGUCCCAGCAUAUCGCCAAAGCUGCUGGCCUCCGUAAUGCCUUGAGCCAGAAGGCGCUGCCCAAGCCUGUGAAGAAGGAAGAGUCCGAGAGCGAGAGUCAGAGUGACAGUGACACCGACAGCACCUCCACUUCUACCGACGACGAGGCCGACGACGACAAUGACGACUGGGCCGAUAAGCUGAACUUGAAGAAAGAGAAGGAGGCUGCUAAGCCUACCACCAACGGCACGAAGCCUGCUUCCGAAACCGAGACCAAGACCAAGAAGGAUGUCGAAGCCUCAGAUUCGAGCUCCAGUGAGAGCGACUCCGAAAGCGAGAGCGAGAGCGACAGCGACGAUGGCGAUGGUGAUGUCGAGAUGAAGGACGCUCCGGCCAAGAGCACUAAGAAGGCGGCCGCUCCUGCUGCUUCCGAUUCCGAGUCCGAGUCCGAGUCCAGUGAGUCGGAGGAGUCGAGUGAUGAGGAUGCUCCUGCCGCCGGCGCCAAGGUCAACGGCGCCAAGGUCAAUGAGAAAGCCAAAGAUGCCGAGUCGGAGAGCGAGUCGGAGAGCGGGUCGGAGAGCGAGUUGGAGAGUGAGAGUGAGAGCGAGAGCGAAGCUGAGAAGCCUGUUCCCAAAGCCAAACCUGCUCCAGUUGCCAGGUCGUCGACAGCCAAGUCUCCAGCUACUUCGAAGGACAAGGCGAAAAGCAAAGCGAAGAGCAAGGAGACCGUCGGCGAGUCUGAAUCUGAGUCCGAGUCGGAGCCUGAGCCGGAGGCCCAAAACGCCGCAGCCGUCAAGUCAUCUCGCCCUGCUGAGCUCAUUCAGCAACGCUUCGAUCUGCGGAAAGUGGACCCCGAUCUCGAUACUGCCAGCGUUGCCAAGAUGCUUGCGAAUGCAAAGGCCGAGGGCAAGCAGCUUUGGUGCUUCACCACCCCCAAGUCUAUUGGCAUCGACGUCAUCAGGAAGUACAAGAUCUCUACGGACAAGCUCAUCUCUGGCCAGCCACUCUUUACCCACGAGGGCGUGGAUUACGGCGGUGAACUCGAGCAGCUGAGCCACUCGGUUAAGAUCCUGAUUCCCGGCAAGGAUGGCAAGAAGUAUGAGAGUGCCGACCAGCCCAUCGGGCAGUUCCUCCACAUCAAGCGCAAGACUCACAUCGGCCAGGAGACCGUUGUGCCUGCCCCGCCCGUGCCGCCUAGACCCCAGCCUAAGGGGCUCAAGGUUCGCUACACACCGUUCGGCGCCACCAACAACGGUCUCACCGUCAUGGGUGACGAGUCGGAGCACGAAGAGGUCGAGAUGGGCGAUGCCGCCCCCGCCGCCCCCGCUGCCACCAGCAAGGCGGCCGCUAAGAAGCGCAAGCUCGGUGGAGAGGAGACAGCUGCCACGCCCAGCAAGAAGGCAAGGAAGUCUCGUGUUGGUGCCAGCACCCCAGCAGUGACGCCGAUUCCGCCUCCUGUUCCCGCCGGAAAGAGCGCCUAG